AUGGAUGACUUAUCGGGCCUGCACUGGUCCAAACCGACUGGCUCGCAGCCGAAGCCGCCCGGCCCAGCAAACGUCAACUGUUCCUAUCCGUCCCUACGGCCGACUCCAUCCCCCGCCGGAUCAGGACGCAGCACGCCCGCUUCUUCAUCGCAGGGCCUGGCUAUCCCGCCGUCACUGGCCAAUUCUGCUAAUCCUGCUGGGAAGCCGACCCAGGAUAGCUUCAGCAAGCUGGUGAGCUUUGGGGGCCAGGUCAAACCGAAGCAGAGUCUCUCCCUUGCCCAACGACAAGCCCAACUGGAAAUUGAAAAAAGGAGGAAGGAGGAAGAGAGGAGAAGACGGACAGAGGCACAGUUUGGCAAUGCGCAACAACUCGACGCGUUGGCAUCACGGAAUUUUCCCGCAAGUCCUAGCAUGCUUACAAGAGGCUCCUCCAACGGCCUUGCCGCCGCCGCCGCCGACGACGACGACGAUGACGCUGCUGACGACAACGACUUCUUUGCCGCUUUCGAUAAAAACACAAAGGUGGACAAUGCGAGUCACUAUCCGCCACCUGGGAGACAACAGCCGACGCCGGCCGAGGUCAAAAGCCUUCUAGACUUGAGUAAUCCAAACGCCUGGGGCACUCCGGCCUCGACCGCGGCAGACAAUACGGCAAACGGAGGUAGUUUUGUGGACGACGACGAUCCGUUUGGCUUGAAUGACUUGAAAUCGGCUGGCCAACAGCCUGCUCCAGCUUCAGCCGUGCUGGUAGACGACGACGAUUUUCUAGGCGAUCUGGGAAAGCCGAUAGAAGAGGUUCGAAUGAAACAACAACAACAACAACAAAGAAACCACCUUGGAUCAGAAAUACACGCGGAAGAUACCGAAGCCAGCUCCGAGAAUGACGGUUUUUUUACGAGGCAACAGAGUCAAAAAAUCACGGGCCAGAGAAAUGCUCAUGAGGAGCUGGAUCUCGCUGUCGCGCGGCUGCUAGAUUAUGGCUUCUCCCCAGAAGAUGCCAGAAGAGGCCUUAGAGAAAGCGGUGCCGGAUUAAACGUUCAAGCGGCCGCCAAUUGGCUGCUGGACGACGCCCACAGACAAGCCAAGGAGAAGGCUCAAGCCCGGGGUUCCUCUGCCCGGCCAGGCCGCACGGACAGACGAGUAGAUGACGCUGCCGCGGGAUCGUCGGGAAGAUCGGGAGAGCCCGACUUGGCCAAGUCUGCUGCAGCUGUAGGUAACAGCCUCUUCAAGACGGCGAAUUCGCUUUGGAAGACGGGGCAAAAGAAGAUGCAACAGGCCGUGGCUGAUUUUCAGCAAGACGGGGGUGACUCGAGCCAACCGAAAUGGAUGCGCGAAGCUCAACAGAGUCAGACUCAUGAUGCCAAGCGCGCUCCUCCGGAAGCUACAGCGGAAGCGCUAGCUCUCGAAUCCAGAGGUCGGCCGACUCACAGCCGCCCGAGCAGCCGGCCAAGAGCUGAUCCCAGGCUCGACUUGCAACAAUCGCGCGAUUCCUCACCUUGUGCAACAUCAGCACGUAGCCAGAGUCGACACGGUGCGGUACCCCGAUGGCAGCAACAAGCCGCUCUUGCAACGUCUGAUGCUCGAUCCAGAUUAAGCAAAUUAAAGGAUGACGACGCCGACAGCUUUUCUGGCUACGUCAGCGCCAAUCGCCGAAGAGUGGCUGCUGCACAGAGUCCGUUGGAAGCAACCAAACCGCAAGACCCUGAGCCCGAUCUGCUUUUCAAUACGGAAGCGCCGAAGCCGUCGCAACCCAUCCCCCAAAGGCUCGCACAGCGACAGCCACCGUCGUUUGCGAAGCCGUCACAAGCAACCCCUCCCACAUCCCGAAACUCUACACCAAAACCCCUUCGGCAGGUCCCUACUAUCAGUCCUGCGGCCCUGCAGGCGUCUACAAGACAUCGACUCGAGGGCACAGCCCAUUUCAAGCGCGGCGACUACGCCUCGGCCCACUCGUCGUAUACGCAGUCAUUAUCCGCCAUUCCCGCGGCCCAUCCCCUGCUGAUUGUCCUUCUCACCAACCGCGCUCUCACGGCCCUCAAGACCGGAGAGCCCAAGCAAGCGAUCAGCGACGCUGACGAAGCUCUCAAGGUCAUCGGCCCCGGCAACGGCCAGGGAGAGAGCAUAGCUGUACAAGCAGAGAAUGGAAAGGUGGAAAACAGAGACAUGAAAGACCUCUUUGGCAAAGCCCUCAGCCGAAAGGCCGAAGCCUUGGAACAAAUGGAGAAGUGGGCUGAUGCCGGGCUGGUCUGGCAACGAUGCGUAGAGACUGGUGCAGGCGGGAAAAAUGCCAUCAAGGGACGCCAGCGCUGCCAAAGCGCACUGACGCCGAGACCCAAGAGUACACCGAAGCCAGCUGCUGCUGCUGCUGCUGCGAAACCCAGGCCAUCGCCUCUGGCAACUACCAGCCCGGCCCCGCAGAAGAGUUCAGAGGCCGUCACUCGACUGCGCCAAGCUAACGAAGCCGCAGCCAGGGAGGACGACGAGAAGUUUGCUUUGUCAGAAAAGGUUGACGCAAAGGUUUCUGCUUGGAGAGAUGGCAAGAGGGACAACCUGCGAGGGCUGAUAGCUAGCCUGGACCAGGUGCUCUGGGAGAAUAGCGGCUGGAAAAAGGUUGGCAUGCACGAGCUGGUCGUGGCUAGCAAGGUGAAGAUAUCCUACAUGAAGGCGAUUGCCAAGACACAUCCAGACAAGCUGCCCCAGGACGCGAGCACAGAGGUACGGCUGAUUGCAGGUCUGGUGUUUGCGACGCUUAACGAAAGUUGGGAUAAAUUCAGGGCGGAUAACGGGCUUUGA